AUGUCGCGCCAAAUCAACCAACCUUCAAACCAGAUCAAGCUGACCAAUGUGUCGCUUGUUCGUCUCAAGAAGAACAAGAAGCGGUUCGAGAUCGCCUGCUACAAAAACAAGGUCCUCGAAUGGCGGUCCGGCAUCGAGACCGACCUGGACAACGUGCUGCAAAUCCCAAACGUCUUCCUCAAUGUCUCCAAGGGCCAGACGGCCCCGACGGCCGACCUAGCCAAGGCGUUCGGCAAGGACAAACCCGUCGACGACAUCAUCCUCGAGAUACUCAACAAGGGCGAGCUGCAGGUCGGCGAGAAGGAGCGGGCCGCCCAGCUAGAGCGAGUCCACAACGAGGUCGUCAGCAUCGUGGCAAGCAAACUGGUUGACCCGCGCACCAAGCGCGUGUACACGACGGGCAUGAUCGAUAAGGCUCUCGACAUGCUGAGCAGCCAGGCCCACCAGGACAAGGGCGGCGCCGCAGGCGAGGCUGGAGCGCCAGCGCCGGCCGCCACCGGCGAGGGCGGCGAGGGCGGCGAUGCUGGCGAUGCUGGCGAGGCCAAGCCGCGGCCUGCGCGGGAGAACAUGUGGACCGGCGUGACGACCACCAAGAGCGCCAAGAGCCAGGCCCUGGAGGCGAUGAAGGCCCUGGUUGCGCACCAGCCCAUCCCCGUGAUGAGGGCGAGGAUGAGGCUCCGCGUUACGUGCCCCACCAACGUCCUAAAGCAGGGGGUAAAGGUGGUCAAGACACAGGGAAGCGGGAAGGAAGGCGGAGACGGGCAGCCCAAGGCUCCGGGGACGGUGAAGGACAAGAUCCUCAGCUUCGUCGAGGAGGUGGAUAACCAGGGCGUUGUCGAGACGGAAUGGGAAGUGGUCGGGUUCGUUGAGCCGGGAGCCUUCAAAGGCCUGUCAGAUUUCAUCGGCAACGAGACCAAGGGCCAGGGCCGAGUUGAGGUGCUGGAUAUGGCUGUCACUCAUGAAGACUGA